UGUUACCAAGACAAACAGUAUUAUUAUGGUGCUGAAUGUAUCUCAGCUCAUUUCCUUGCCUGGCCUUGCUUUGCCCUGGCUUCUCGCGGUAACAGGCUUAUUUUUGUAUCUUCUCUACAAAUAUUUUGCACCUGAGAAAAAGCCUGUACCUCCAGGGCCAUCAGGUGUUAUGAUAUUUUUUGAUAUUCUAAAAGCGGUCAAAGGAGGAACUUUGCAUUUGCUGGCUGAGAAGUUGGCCAGACAGUAUGGAGAGAUCGUCAUGUGCAGGACCAUCAUCGGCAACUUUUGUUUCCUCAACUCGGCGAGACUUGUCAGACAGGUGUUUACCGACAAGGGGACAGAACUCGUCACCAAUGAUCGACCCAGAACGUUCACUGGCGCUAGUGUAAUGUUCAAUUCUCAGGAUGUCUCUCUUAGUGACACAGUCACCAAUCCGAACUGGCUUAAGAUGAGAAAGCUCUUGCAUUCCACUAUAAAGUUCUACGGAAGCGGCGUGGAGAAGUUUGAAAAAGUUAUGCAGACAGAGUUAUGCCGCUUAACGGAGAUGUUGCAUACAAAAAUAAAAACGAAUGGAGGAGACUAUCCUGGACAGUUAGGAGGAUAUUGUGAAGUAGAGCUGGAACACAUGAUUUCCACUUCCAUUCAGCGUGCCUUAUCUAUUCUGAUCACGGGAGAAGAACAAAGCCCAGAUUCUAAAGUUCCACAAAUGAUUGGAGAUUUCGCGGUGAACAUUCAGAGAAUCCUGUCGCCUACUAUUGAGUCCGUUUUGGUUACCUUCCCAUUCCUGCGGUUUCUCCCUGGAACCUGCUACAAGGAGCUGUGUGGAAACACCCUCAAGUACCGGGACAUGCUCAUAGAAGAAGUCUUUACCAAAGGAAAGGCAAAGCACGUGCCUGGUGAGCCGAAGGGAAUGGUUGGCUCGCUGCUGGAAGCACAGAUGAGUAACGACUGGCUUAAAGACGACCACAUCCGGACUUUGCUUCUAGACAUUAUUAUCGCUGCGUUCAUUACUUCCAACGAGUUGCUCAAGUCGUUGUUCCUGCACAUGGUACACUAUCCUCAAGUCAUGAGGAAGAUUCAGCAAGAGAUAGACAGCGUCCUUGGAGACAGAGCACCAUCACUUGACGACAGAAGAAGCUUACAUUUUACGGAGGCAGUCGUCUUGGAAGUGAUCAGAAGCACUUCCAGCGUCCCUUUGGGUGUGUGGCACGAGACAAGAGAGGACAUUGUUACUGAUGGCUACUGCAUUCCCAGGGGAACUGUGCUGUUUGAGAACAUUUGGUGGAUGAAUAGGGAUUCAACAGCAUGGAAGGAGGACCCUGAGGUAUUUCGUCCUGAGCGUUUCCUUGAUGACGAGGGUCAGUUGCUGUCCCCUACAGAAUCCACACGAUGGAGAUUUCUUCCCUUUGGCAUUGGAAAGCGCAGCUGUCCUGGGGAGAGUUUCGCGCGCUCGCGUGCCUUCCUCUACGUCACAACGCUCUUACAGCAGUUCGACUUCCUCCCGCCUGUCAACCAUGACUUGCUUCCCCUCAGACAAGAUUCUUGGGCAGAAGGCAUCGUCCUGGAGUUAAAACCAUGCCAAGUGUCAAUAAAGAGGAGGUCACAGCAAUGACAGACGAGCUAGCUAUAAGCAUAAAUUUCGGUUAAAGGAGAAUUAUCAGAAAACGUCACCAUCGACUGGAACUAACACUUCUAAAUUGUCACAUCAAUAAUUUGAAGUAUUGAGGCUGUUUGUACUUACUACAGUUAAGACUAUAUACUCAGUUUGAAAGACCUUACACAUUUCAAAUUCAAACGCGUACAUAAGUCUAAAAGCCAAAGAUUGCUCGAGGAUGAUGAACUGUUGGUUCGUUAACACCGUCUGUGUCGUGUUCCUCUGUUUUCGCUUCGUUUUGAGAAAUUGAAGAUUAUUUUAAAUAGCUUAAAAUUUGACGAUUGUUACUUUUUACAUUUAGUAAGGGGUUAUGAUAUUAUCAGAUAUUCUCAGAGGAAAGUAUUCUACAGGUAGUGGAUCACUUUCACAAGGAUGAGCCCAUAGAUCAUGAUCACUGGAUAGUUCCAUGGAAUUUGCUUAGAAUUCGCCUAACAUCUAAAUCUCUUAAAUUUAAAACGAUGUAUUGUGCAUGUAUAUAUACACUUCACGUUUAUCAAGAAAAAGGUAAAUGUAGUCCUACCACCUUAAAAUGGUAGGCCACAACAGUAAUUAGUAAAAAAGUUCAUCACUCAAAUUUUGUAAAUUUUUUUAGACGAAGAAGAUGUCAGAUUCCUCACUUAGCAGGAAUUCCGCUUUGCUCGUCUUGCUGACUGCUGAUCACCUACAACAUCAAGCACCCAACGCACAGUUGAGUCAAAUGUGAGGACAUAUCAUUAUGGGGCGCCAAAAAAUUCAUUCUACAAGUAUACAAUGGAAUUGUAUAGCCACAAUGCAUUCUGUAGCUACAGAAAGGAAUUGUCUAUAUGAAAUGAAUUGGAUAGGAACUUCUAAAUUCAAUAUAUAUGAAAUACGUUGGCUUUUACCGAGUUUUUCUCUCUCUAGUUAUAGAUUGCAUUCUAUAAGUAUAGAAUGGAUUGUAUAGCUAUACAUGUAGAAUGAAUUUUUCAGACGUGGAAUUUUCUUUAAUUUACUCUCUAUAGCUGUACAAUGCAUUUUAUACUUUUAUAAUUCAUUCUAUAGCUAUAAAAUUCCUUCUAUAAGUAUAUAAUGCAUUCUAUAUUUAUACAAUUGAAUUCUAUUCGUUCAAUUCUAUUUCGAUCCUAAUAAUAAUUUUCUUGGUUACACUAAAUUGCCUUCACUUGAUAAUUGGGAACGUACGCAGGGGACUUGUAUUAUUGUGCUCUCAUUGCUAGCAAUUUAAUUAGUGUAGGUGUUUCGCGUACACGUACAUGUCGGGGCGGGGAGCAGAGACAUCGAGUGUCAAUACGCCCGAGGGCAGCGACGAUUACGACACCUUUGUCCGUCUUGCCUACCCUGUCCCCGAAGUUCACGACAGCUAGUUCAUGAAACCACCCCUGCGUUCAAGACAGACACAGCUGUCUUGGCAUCUGUACACUCGGUACUCACUUCAUGUAUACCUCCUUCGAGUUGUAAAGUUCGUUUCCCUCGGGUGCUCACUCACGCCUGAGAGACUCUGUGAAACCCUUCGCUCGCCGUGGGCGCCUGUUAAAAUGGCGGCUGCCAGCGAAGCAGAGAAUGUAAUUUUGUUGAUGGACAUAUUUGACAGUGACGACGAAGUAAUAAAAGCAAUCUAUUGCAGCGCCAAACAAUAUAAACUUUUAGUUGCAUUCAUUUGUGAACUAAAGAUGAAAAAGUCCAUGAGAAUUAAAGAUUACGUGGAAAGAACAA